AUGACAAAGCCGAAGGCCGUACGAGAUGCCGACAAGCUGUCAGGAAAGCCACUCACAGAAACAAUCGAGCCUUCUUCGUCGGUUCUGGAUAUAGACAGUGAGAAUUGGCUCACCUCGAGAGAUCUCCGGGAGGAUGGAUUACCCUUCACGCCAGAGAGGGUGCGUCAAAUGUCAAUCUAUCUCAUCGCCAACCCAAACAUGAACUCUUCCUUUCUGUUUCGGGCAGAUAUCCUCUUUGAUAGCCAAGGGCUGCUCCAAACACCACAGCAGAAAGAACAAGCACUCACAUUUUCAGGAUGCAAUACCGAAUCAACGGAACAAGAAGAGAUCGUGCCUGUGCCGGCAGUCAAGAUCGGGGGGUUUCGUUUGACGAGGAGUGUCAUACGAAAACUCAUCCCCCGCAAACCCGACAUUGACCGACCAUUGGAGCAAACUUGCCACUUCUACGAAUCAGCAACCUCUUCUGUGGACCCUUCCGAUGAGAACUCACAGCGCAAACGCUUCCUUGUCAUGUACCUCCCCCAUAUUACAUCCGAGGAGGACAUACCUUUCUAUCACCCAAAGCUCCGAGCUGUUGCCUUUCUAUAUGACUUUCAGUCCGACCUCAAUAGUGGCCCAGGAACGGGAACAAUGUCUGUUCAUUUCUUGCCAUUCAGCGACGACAUACCAAUCCGCUUGGAACGUACAUUACACAUGCUACUCAGUACGAAUAUCCGCCUCGCGAAACAUGCUGGGUCUGCCGCGGCCGUUGAUGGAAGCAACUAUAAUCCGAUUAGGGACAAUAUCAUUCCGCGACAUAUCGUCCAGAACACAUACUCACGUCUGAAAACCAUGUACGCGUCGGACUUGUGUGCGCGCUGGGUCGAGCGCACAGAACCAAGCAAGCAUGUCUUCGAGGACCUGCUUAUCACGUCUUUUCUUAUCGAACUUUGGAGGAGCAUGUAUGGCGUUGCUCCUACAAUGGAAAGAGACCAGACCCAUAACAAUUCUUCUUCUUUUCCCGGAUUCGUGGACGUGGCCUGCGGCAACGGUGUGCUUGUGUACGUGCUGCUUAUGGAGGGAUAUACGGGCAGGGGAUUUGAUGCCCGUCGUCGGAAGUCUUGGAAGAUCUUUCCGGACCGGGUGCAGGAGCGAUUGAAGGAGGCGAUCUAUAUCCCCAAGCCGUUUUUAGAUGCAGUAGCCGAUCAAGACGUCGGCGCGACGAUCCACAGCGGAGAUUUCGCCAAAGACACCUUUAUUAUCUCCAACCAUGCCGACGAACUCACCGUAUGGACUCCACUUCUGGCUGCCUACGCCUGUCCUGAAUCACCACUACCAUUUCUGUCUAUUCCGUGCUGCUCGCACGCGCUAUCUGGGGCCAGGUUUCGCUACCCUCCACCGCAAGGAAGGAAACCGAAGACUUCAGAGAAAAAGAAAGAGGGUACACUUCCGGGGGAAGGCGAUACGGCGGAAGAGUAUGUCGAGCAGAAUCCACAACCUUCCUCUGGAGAUCUGAAGGCGCUUCGAGCUGCCAAGGAAGAAGAACAAACUGAUCUUGCAAUGCUCAGUUCUCAGUACCACUCGCUUACUGCAAAAACCAUGCGCGUGGCUCAGGAGAUUGGGUACGAAGUUGAAAAGACCAUGCUGCGUAUCCCCAGCACAAGGAAUAUGGGUGUGAUUGGGGGGCGACAGCGGGUUACGAAGGAGUGGAGUAAUAAGUCGACUGGGAAGUCUUCAAAAACGGCUGCGGCCAGCAACCACGAUGAAGAGACAGUCUUACAGAAGAUUAAGGAGGUUGUUGAGCGGGAAUGCGCUAAGGACAGUGGUAUCGAUGCCGCGGCUCGAAUCUGGGUUGAACGAGCCAAGGGUCUGCAUAAGGGACAAGGAAAGGGGAACCAACCGCAUUAUUGA